AUGGGGAACACGACCUCGUGCUGCCUGUCGGCCAGCCCCAAGCUCCGCGGGAACGCGCACUCGCUCCUGGAGUCCUACCAGCCCGACGCCGACCUCAGCCUCGAGGACAGGGGCUGCAGCCUGCAGCACAUCAGAGACCGCGAGAACAUCGACGAUUUGAACCUGGAGUUCAGUCCUUCAGACCACCCCCGCGCCGGCACGAUAUUCCUCAGCAAGUCCCAGACAGACAUGAGGGAAAAACGCAGGAGUCUCUUCAUCCACCACCAUCACCUCGGCCAGACCUCCAAGAAGUUCAGCUCCUGCUCCACCAUCUUCCUAGACGACAGCACGGUCAGCCAGCCGAACCUCAGGUACACGAUCAGGUGUGUGGCCCUGGCCAUAUACUACCACAUCAAAAACAGGGACCCGGACGGAAGGGUGGUUUUGGAUAUUUUUGAUGAAAACCUCCACCCCCUUUCAAGCUCUGAGGUGCCGCCAGAUUACGACAAGCAGAACCCGGAGCAGAAGCACAUCUACCGCUUCGUGCGGAUGCUCUUCAGCGCGGCCCAGCUCACCGCCGAAUGUGCCAUCGUCAGCCUGGUCUACCUCGAGCGGCUGCUGACCUACGCCGAGAUCGACAUCUGCCCCGCCAACUGGAAGCGCAUCGUCCUCGGGGCCAUCCUGCUGGCCUCGAAGGUGUGGGAUGACCAGGCCGUGUGGAACGUGGACUACUGCCAGAUCCUGAAGGACAUCACGGUGGAAGACAUGAACGAGCUGGAGCGACAGUUCCUCGAACUGCUGCAGUUCAACAUCAACGUCCCGUCCAGCGUGUACGCCAAGUACUACUUCGAUCUCCGCUCUCUGGCGGAAGCAAACAACCUGAGCUUUCCCCUGGAGCCCCUAAGCAGGGACCGCGCCCACAAGCUGGAGGCCAUCUCCCGUCUCUGUGAGGACAAGUACCGGGACCUGAGGAAACCCCUGAGGAGGCGGUCGGCGAGUGCCGACAACCUGAGUCUGCUGCGGUGGUCCCCAGCCAUCAUCUCCUAG